AAUGAACAGAAUCGACUCGUCGACAUUUAAAAUCAAUCAAUAGUGUGAGACAAUGCGAUAUUCAAUUGUAAUGGUACAGCACUAAAUAAGGCAUGUUUCUCUACCAAAACUGUACACGUUAUUUCUAUUGAAACAUCAGAUCCAUAGUUUAUAAGUCACAUUUGCGUAGAUAGAAGAUGAACCGGUCAGACCGUCAGUGUCACGUCUUGUCAUUUGACAUUUCUGUUACCAUGGUAACGAUGCCGCAUCAACAAUGUUGUUGCGUAUUGAAAUUGAAUUGUUUACAAGAAGUUUUGUUGAAAGUAUUAAUACAGGAUCAUCGAUUACAUAUAAGUAAGAUAAGCGAUUGUGAUUUUUAUACCAUGGGGCUUCUUAGUAUUUUGAAAAAGCUAAGAUCUAAUUCAGAAAGAGAGCUACGGUUGUUGCUUCUUGGUCUAGACAAUGCUGGUAAAACAACUAUUUUGAAGCAGCUGGCUUCUGAAGAUGUGACACAAGUGACGCCCACAGCUGGAUUUAAUAUAAAAUCGGUUUUAUCUAAUGGUUUUAAGUUGAACGUGUGGGAUAUUGGUGGACAGAGAAAGAUAAGGCCUUACUGGAGAAAUUACUUUGAGAAUACUGAUAUAUUGAUAUAUGUGGUAGACUGUUCAGAUCAUCAUCGGCUAGAGGAGACCAGUUAUGAGUUAGCUGAGCUCUUGCAGGAUGAGAAGUUGAGGGGGGUGCCAUUACUUGUGUAUGCAAAUAAGCAAGAUUUAGCUAGUGCAUUACCAUCAAGUGAGGUGGCCCAACACCUUGGACUGCAUUUGAUACGGGAUCGAACUUGGCAGAUACAGGCCUGUGUCGCGACUGAUGGUACCGGGGUUAAAGAGGGAAUGGAAUGGGUUUGCAAGAACAUGCCGAUCAAGAAAUAACAAUGUGGUCUUUCAAUAUUUGUUACAUUAAUCGAAAAGUAACUGCAGUAUACUAAGUAUAUAAUAACCAUUAAAACAAAUUGAAAAUACACUAUGCGCCGAGAAUUGAUGAAAAUUAAUUAAAAUCACUGUAAAAUAUCAAAUAACAAGUUUCAGCCCUGUUAACGAAUAAAACAGCUGUUUUAAACGAACCUUGCGCUUGUAAACAGCUGCGUGCCCCUGUACCACAAUACUUAGUGCGCUAGCCGAUAAGAUACGGUUGCGAUAGCUGCGUCAACUCGCUAUAGCAAAUCGUUUCAUACUAUUUAUCAAUUCUCGACUAACAUGCUAUAAUAACGGUAACUGUACGGACACAUCUUUCGACUAUUAGGCCCGGUAUACACAAAAGCGAAGAGGAGAGGAGACGAGAGGAGGUAAGCCGCGAAGCUGUCGGGUUACUUCCACCAGAGCGGAGAGAUGUGAGCUGUGUUUAUAGCAACACUUUCGUGCGCGCGAGCGCGGGCCCCACGGCCUAAAUUUCUAUAGACAAAUGAGACAUCUCCUCUCCGAUUGAUCCAUUUCCACCGAAGCCAAGCCCAGAGGAGAUGUUGAAAUAACGAAAUCUGAUUGGUUAUCAAAAUACAUCUCCUCUCCUCUCCGCUUUAGUGGAUAAUGGGCCUAAUUCUGUUAGAAUUUAAUACUCGUUGUAUAACAAUAUGUCUUCUUUGUAAAUUUAAUUUAGUGAUUGCUGUAUUUAUUUACUUUUUAACCGACUUCAAAAAGGAGGAGGUUAUCAAUUCGAUCGGUAUUUUUUUUGCUUAUGUAUGUACACCGAUUACUCUGAGAUUUAUGAUCCGAUUUACGUAAUCCUUUUUUUGUUUGAUGCGAAAUAGAUGCCAUUUUGGUCCCAUUAAUUUUCCUGACUUAAAACCUAUCAAUAGGUAGCACAUACAAAUAAUAGUAUUUUAUUAAUAUUAAAGGUAAAGGUUUGCAUAAGAGGUGUAUUAAAUUAAAUUUUUAGUCAUUUGAUACUUUUCAGUUUUUGAAGUCGGUUUUUUCAAACGUAGUUUUUUUUAUAUUACAUAUUUUUAUUUAAAUUCUAAAAUAUAUAAAUCACAGUCAACCAUGGCAAAGUGAAUAUUUUUAUCUCAAAACUAGCACUAGGUUAUAAAUUACAACAGUGACAGACUGUAAAACAAUGGUGGUUUUAACAACUUACUAAAUAUUUCACAUAACAUUAACUACCAAAACUGCAUAUUUAUCGACAUCCACGUCUUCUAUAUAAUAUACACAUACACAUUAGGUAAAUACGUAAAUUAUGAUUUUUAGUUUUUAGUUAUAUUUUUUUAUUAAAGUGUAAAACAAUGUGUACCAUAACAACUAUGAAAACUGCUAAUAUGAAAGAACUCGAAGUUCGAACUUCGAACACAGUAAAAGUACUUAGAAUUUUUUUGAUCGUGUGAAAGUGAACCAAAGAAUAUAUAAUAAAUAAGUACAAUGAAGUAAACUGCGAUUUGUAUGGCGUCGAAAGAGCGCCAUCUAGUGAAAGUAGAGGAAAACAUCAUAGCGCUCUUUCGACACGUAUUUAAAACAUUUUACACUGCAUUAUUAUAUUAAUAUUAUAUUCUUGUAUAAAUUCUAUAAAAAUUUUGUUAAAAGUUUAUUUCGGGAUUACACACAAUUUUGUAAUAUCUCGUGGCAAUUUGUUUUAACGGAAGUAUGCUUAUAUUUACGAUACGAGCUUAUUAUUACUCAUUUUAGAAAAAAAACUGUAUUCAAUUAUUUAUUUUUAGAUAUAGUAACUUUGGCAUUAUUACUAAGUAUUAAAAACGCUUCCGUCCAUUAAUCGAUAUAAAUGCUUUUUGUAUAGGCAUAUUCAGAAAGAAGAGGAAUGUAAAGAAAUAUUUCUGACUUAAAUAGACUUUUAUCUCUUUGUAUUUAUUUUUUCGCUUCUUAGAGAAAUUCUCCCUUCUUCUCUUCUCAAUAAAUAAUACAGAAAAAAUCAAA